AUGCGAUUGCACACGGUGCACACUGUGGGAAAGUUGAUGCUGCCGCACCAAAAGUUGGAUUCGCAGGAGCUUGCCGCACAGCACGAACAUAUGCGAGGGCUGCCCAUCGAGUCGUACGACGGACAGCCGCAGUUGCUGAUUGGAGCGAACAACAUCCACUCGUUCGCGCCGAUAGAAGCGAAAGUGGGUACGCCCAUGGAACCGAUUGCGGUUCGAACUAAGUUGGGAUGGACGGUGUAUGGGCCGCGGCAAACAACCUCGUCGGCGGCCGGUAAUUAUCUCGGCUACCACCAGCAGAUUACCAACGAGGACCUGCACGAGCUGCUAAAAAGUCACUACGCGCUGGAAGAGUCAGUAGUGGCAAUCCCGCAGGAAACAGCAGAGGAGAAACGCGCCCGGGAAAUACUGGAGCGAACCACCAAACGCGUCGGUGAUCGUUUCGAAACCGGACUGCUGUGGAAAACGGACGAUCCACGGUUCCCGGACAGCUACCCGAUGGCGGUGCGCAGAAUGAAGCAGUUGGAGAAGCGACUCGACAAGAAUCCGAAGCUGAAGGAGAACGUCUGCAAGCAGAUCGACGAGUACCAGCAGAAGGGGUACGCACAUCUCGCUACCACCGAAGAACUGGCCGGUACUCCUACCGACCAAACGUGGUACCUGCCGAUCAACGUCGUUCAAAAUCCCAAGAAGCCCGAGAAGAUUCGUCUAGUCUGGGACGCGGCGGCGGCCGUGAAAGGAGUAUCCCUAAACUCACAGCUGCUGUCAGGACCGGACAUGCUCGUCCCACUCAUCAAAGUGCUCUGUGGUUUUCGCGAAUGGCGGAUUGCCUUCGGUGGAGACUUGAAAGAGAUGUUCCACCAGCUGCAGAUUCGCUCCGAGGACAAGCAGAAACAACGUUUCGUCUUCCGAAAAGAUCCGGAAGAACCGCCACAAAUCUACGUCAUGGAUGUGGCGACAUUUGGGUCGACGAGCUCCCCCUGCUCGGCUCAAUACGUUAAGAACCGGAACGCCGAAGAGUUCGCCGCUCAGUAUCCUGAAGCGUCGGUUGCCAUAAUACGUCGGCAUUACGUCGAUGACUACUUCGACAGCGUCGACACCGAAGAAGAAGCAGUGAAGCUGGCGCAGGAAGUCCGGUUCGUCCACAAACAGGGCGGAUUCGAAAUUCGCAACUGGGUUUCCAACUCGCCAAUAGUCCUGCGCAGUCUAGGAGAGGAGAAGCCGGCGACGCCGGUGCAUUUCAGCCGAGACAAGCAGACGGCCAAUGAGAGAGUCUUGGGAGUGAUCUGGGAUCCGAACACGGACCAGUUUGCGUUUUCUACGACGCACCGCGAGGGGUUGAUGCCGUACCUGUACGAGGGGAAGCGGCCGACGAAAAGACUAGUCGCCAGUUGUGUGAUGGGAUUCUUCGAUCCGCUCGGAUUGCUGUCGCCGUUCACCAUCCACGGCAAGAUCAUCAUCCAGCAUCUGUGGCGGUCCAAGUGCGACUGGGACGAGGAAAUCGAUCCCAAUUCCUGGGAGCUGUGGAAGCGGUGGACGAGUUUGUUACCGGAGGUCGAAGCUAUCCGGAUUCCACGUUGCUAUCUUGGCGACGCUAGAUCCAUCGAAGUCAAUUCGUUGGAACUCCACAUCUUCACCGAUGCCAGCGAACACGGAUACGGCUGCGUAGCAUAUCUGCGAGCAGUCAUCGACGGGAACGUCCACUGCAGCCUAAUGAUGUCCAGGGCUAAAGUGGCGCCGGUCAAACGGCAGUCGAUUCCCCGUCUGGAGUUGAUGGGCGCGGUGAUGGGGGCCAGGAUGAACCAAGCCGUUCUGGACACGCACUCCUAUCAAAUCAACCGCACCGUUUUCUGGACAGACUCGCGCACCGUAUGCAGUUGGAUCAAUGCCGAUCAACAUCGGUACAAGCAAUUCGUCGCCUUCCGGAUCGGCGAGAUACAAGAGUUGACGAGGGUAGCGGACUGGCGAUGGAUUCCGACCAAACUAAAUAUCGCCGACGUGCUGACGAAGUGGGGACAAGGUCCGCCGUUGCAGAGCGACGGAGAAUGGUUCAACGGACCAGCGUUCCUGUACCGGCCGCAAGAGCAGUGGCCGACCCAAGAAGCGUCCAUUGAGGAGACGGACGAGGAAGCCAGAGGUAUCGUGUUGUUCCACGGAGCGAUCGACGUCAACCCGAUUUCCCGUUGGACGAAGUUGCUGAGGGUGACAGCGAGUGUGGUGCGCUUCAUCGACAACUGCCGGCGAAAAUGUAGAGGAGAGCCGAUAGUGACCAUGUGGGCUACGGCAAAACAGCGGCAGCUAAACCAACACGUUGCGGCCAACUAUCCAUCGGUGAAAGCCCCUCUGGGCCAAGAAGAGCUUCGACGGGCGGAGACAAUCCUAUGGCGUCAAGCACAGUGGGACAGUUUCCCGGACGAAAUGAGUGCGCUCACAAACAAUCUGGAGUGCCAGCCGGGCGGCCCAAUAUCGGUAGUCAAGAAAUGCAGUCCGAUCUUCAAGAGUUCGCCGGUGCUGGACGAUGAAGGUGUGCUGCGGAUGGACGGGCGGCUCGCGAACGCGGAUGAGAGCUCUUUCGACAAAAGGCAUCCGAUAAUCCUGUCCCGGUCCCAUGAAGUAACGCAAAGGCUGAUCCAGUACUAUCACGAGCAGUUCGGACAUGCCAAUUCGGAGACCGUGUUCAACGAGAUGCGGCAGCGGUUCCAGAUACCGAAAAUGCGACCGGCGAUACAGCAGGUUGUGAGCAAGUGCGUCUGGUGCAAGGUGAACAAGUGCCGGCCGCUUUCUCCGAGGAUGGCUCCACUUCCAGUGGAACGAGUAACGUCCCACCUUCGGCCAUUCAGCUCCGUGGGCCUUGACUACCUAGGUCCGGUAGAAGUUGCGGUCGGUCGGCGAAAGGAGAAGCGAUGGGUGGCAGUCUUCACCUGCAUGGCCGUGCGGGCGGUGCACCUUGAGGUCGUCCAUAGUCUCACGACGGAGUCGUGUCGGAUGGCCAUCGCUCGUUUCUGCAGCAAAUUCGGCAAACCGAGCCACAUUUUCUCCGAUAAUGCCACGUGCUUUCGGGGAGCAAACAAUGAGAUGGAGAAGAUCAACCAAGAGUGCGCAGAGACCGUCGGCAGCUCAACUACCGCUUGGCACUUCAUUCCGCCUGGAACUCCGCACAUGGGCGGCGUCUGGGAGCGGAUGGUCCGAUCAGUGAAAGAAGCCAUGCGCGCGCUCGACGAUGGGCGCAAGUUGACGGACGAGAUCCUGGCCACGACAGUAGCGGAAGCAGCCGACAUGAUCAACACGCGACCACUAACCUAUCUGCCGCAGGACUCGACUGAAACGGAAGCACUGACGCCGAACCACUUCCUACGAGGAACGGUGUCUGGUGCGGACGUGAAGGUGGAGGAAUCAGCUACACCCGCAGAGGCUCUGCGGAACUUGUACAAGCGUUCCCAAUUUCUUGCGGACCGCAUGUGGGAACGGUGGAGCAGGGAGUACCUUCCUACGAUCAACCGACGGUCGAAAUGGUUCGACGAUCGACAGCCGCUCCAAGAGGGCGACUUGGUCUUCGUAGUCGACGGCAAAAACCGGAAGUGCUGGAGACGCGGCGUCAUCGAGGCAGUCAUCCAGGGCUCGGAUGGCCGAGUCCGACAGGUAGACGUUAGGACCGCCGACGGUAAGGUACAGCGACGAGGCGUGGUAAAUUUAGCGGCAUUGGAGGUAAGGUAAAUCCGGGAAUGCCGGAUGUUACGGGCUGGGGUGUUACAACGCCGCAGGGAUAUAAGUUUUUGUAGUUUUCUGGACCGGUCUAAAACAUGUACCGGUCUAGCCGCAACAUAACCACCGCAGCAUGACAGCUCGCGUGCGAUAGUAGUAGUGUAGUAGAAGUGUAGUAAAGCGAGAAGGUAAAUAAAAACAUACAAUGAUGAUGAUUAUGAGGAUAGGAAUAUUUCGCCAUUGCAUUAAACCGAUCAGCCAAAUAAGUUGAGUUGUUCAAAGGCGCGUUAAUUUAGUGAAAGUAUCUCGGAAAGUUUAGUGAGUUCAAAGGCGAGAAUAAUUCUAAAAAUCAGUGUGAUUAUUGACAAUACGCCGUGGCCAGUCUGAUCCGAGUCCAGGUACCUGGGAAACACCGGUAAGGGAAAUAGAAAAGCUGUCCACAUUCCGGCGCAUCCACUGUAAGUAAUUGCAUGACAAUACUAGCAGAAACGGUUUGAGUAUUAAUUGCAAUUGAUCGUGUUAAUACUGUACUUUAGAUUCGCACUCGAUCAAGCUAGGGUAACUGCACCCAUUGUCAUCCCAAAACAAAAUCGGAAACCACUUCUUGUGAGUAUUUGUAUUUGUAUAGAAUAAGAAUGUAAAUUAAAUGAUUAAUAAAUUACAGUUUUAAGCGUUGCUACAAAAUCUGAGCCGCUCUAGAAAUUUUGGUUUCCCUUCGGGAACACAGGGUGUCGACUGCCUGGAAAAACCUGGAAAGUCAGGGAAUUUAUUUUUGGACCUGGAAAAUCAGGGAAAGUCAGGGAAUUUUGUUGAUGGUCAGGGAUU